GUGUGUGCGUGUGCGCGUCUGUGUAUGUGUGUGCGACCUUGUUUACUGAGAACGAGCCGGACCUGUAUGCGUGCGUGCCCACUAAACGCUUAGUAUAAAAGUGACGCGCACAUAGCGACGAUAACAACGCAGACGUUGAUUUCUUUUGCAAAAUUUCUUCUUUGCAUCGACCAACAUGUUACACGGAGCGACAGUUCUGCUGCUUUGUCUUUGCCUCGCACCCACGGGUGCCGGCCUAUACCCAUCUCGGAGGUUUUUAUUAGAUUGGAAUUCACUGGGGAGGCUGCAUCAGAACCGUCAGGCCGACGAUGCGGUCAGCAACACGGCGACGGCGCUGAAGAACAAUUUUCUGAGCUCGUUUUCGCGGAGAGCGCCAGCGGCCGGAGGCAUAGCGACGUUCGCGGCCGCCAGAGGCAUAGCGACGUUCGCGGCCGCCGGAGGAGCGACGAGCAGCCCCAGCCCCGUAGACGUUGUGCUGCUGCUGGAUAGCAGCGGCAGCGUCGGGUCUGCUAGCUUUACUACCGCUAAGACCGUUCUGAAGGACAUUUGCGAGUUUUUUGACAAGGAGAAUGGCAUCUCGUCACCCGGGAUUCGCGUAGGUGGCGUCGUGUUCUCGGAAACCGGAAAGACGGCGACGAAAUUCAACUAUCUGCAAGACCACACGCAGAACACACUCGCCAAUGUUCAAGCGCAGAUUCUGAAGAUACCAUUCGACAAUGGUGGCGCCACCGCCACGAGAAUUGGUCUCCAGCUAUCCUACGAUAUGAUCAAGGCAUACGGUCGGGCCGGUGCGAAGAAAUCCGUUUUCGUGUUGACCGACGGUCAGUCAAAUGAAGGCGGCAAUCCGUGCCCAAAAGCGGCAGAUAUGAAAAAAGAUGGCAUCAUGAUCUACGUGUGGUCGGUUGGAAGUAACCUUGGGACGAGCGCGAAGGCCGAGUUGAACUGCAUUGCAACCGACCCCUCACACAUAUUCGAAAUCAACAGCUUCAGCAGUGCUGCAGAAGUCAUCAGAAAUCUCCGUAACCGAUUUUACACGACCUAAACAGCCGAACAGUAUUUCACACCGUCGACGUUACACCGUUGAAACCCCAAGUCGAAUUCGUUGCUAAUAAUAAAGUAUCGUCGUAAUAAUAAUACCAAUAAUAAUUAUAUAUAUUAAUGUUAUUAUCAUUAUGUCUUAAAGUGGCAUGUGACUGUAAUGAAUACCGUAUAUAACUCAUCGCGUGUAUGUUUGAGUGUGUUUGGCAGUAAUAUAUUAUCUCCCCGACAACUUGUUUAUCAUAUUGCAUAUAAUACGCUAGACCAAUCGAAUACGAAUGUUCCUUCGUGCUGGGGGUUAUCAUAACGAAUGAAUGAAUAAAUUAAAUGAACGAAUAAAUAAAUAAAUAAAUGUUCCUUUUAUAAUCGUUA